AAACAAAUAAAUGAGAUUUGAAAUUCAAAUUGUCUUGGUUCCUAAUCUAUCAUUAAAAACAAAUCCAUAAUCACCGCUCUUCAACGGACACCUAUUUUUGUUCUUUUUUCUGGAAAUCCAAAAUUCAAACCUAACCUGGAAAGCUUCGUCUCAAUCUCUUUUCCUUAAGGUAUUGUUUUGGCAGGAAUUGUUCAACAUGUCUACUACGCCAAGUGAUCCACUUCUUCAAGUGGAAACAACUUGCGGAACCCUUUUAUAUGAACUUCAGAUAAUCUGGGAUGAAGUUGGGGAGACAGAUACUGAUCGGGAUGAAAUGCUGCUUGAGCUUGAACGAGAAUGCCUGGAAGUAUACAGAAGAAAGGUAGAUCAGGCAAAUCGCUGUAGAGCUCAGCUAAGACAGACAAUUGCUGAUUCUGAAGCCGAACUUGCUGCCAUCUGUUCAGCAAUGGGGGAGAGGCCAGUGCAUAUUAGGCAGUCAGAUCAAAAUGCUGGAAGCUUGAAGGAGGAACUCAGCAAAAUUCUUCCACAAUUGGAAGAAAUGAAGAAACGGAAAAUAGAAAGAAGAAAUCAAUUUGUACAAGUUUUACAACAGAUACAAAUUAUCACAAAUGAGAUUUAUGGAUCAGCCAAAUUAGUUUCUUCCAAAGCAGUUGUGGAUGAAAGUGACUUGUCCUUAAGGAAACUUGAAGAAUUGCACAAACAGCUCAAUGAACUUGAGAAAGAGAAGAAUGACCGUUUAAAGCAGGUUGAGGACCACCUUAGCAUGUUGAACUCACUCUGCUUGGUGAUGGGCAUGGAUUUCAAGCUCACAGUUGCCGAGGUCCAUCCUAGUUUAGGUGACUCCGAAGGAUUUUGGAGUAUUAGUAAUAACACAAUUGAGCAGUUGGCUACUUUGAUUAAAAAGUUACAGGAAGUUAAGAUACAGAGGAUGCAAAGGCUACAAGAUCUUGGUACUACCAUGUUGGAAUUAUGGAAUCUGAUGGAUACACCUAUUGAGGAGCAACAGAUGUUUCAGAAUGUUACCUGUAAUAUAGCUGCUUCAGAACAUGAAAUUACAGAACCCAACACUCUCUCUGUGGAUUUCAUCAAAUAUGUUGAGGCAGAAGUUUCUAGGUUGGAAGAGUUAAAGUCUAGCAAAAUGAAAGAGCUUGUCCUGAAGAAGAGAUUAGAGCUGGAGGAGAUAUGUAGGAAGACGCACUUGGUCCCAGAUUCACAAAGUGCAGUAGAAGAUGCCAUUGAAGCUAUUGAGUCUGGGGCUGUUGGUGCUGCUACCAUACUAGAACAGAUUGAACUUCAAAUUGCUAAGGUCAAAGAGGAAGCUUUUAGCAGGAGAGAAAUACUUGAAAGGGUGGAGAAAUGGUUGAUGGCUUGUGACGAGGAGUGCUGGCUCGAGGAAUAUAACAGGGAUGAAAACCGAUAUAAUGCUGGGAAAGGUGCUCAUCUUACACUGAAGCGUGCUGAGAAAGCCCGUUCAUUGGUUAAUAAACUUCCAGGAAUGGUGGAGGCAUUGGCUUCAAAGACAAUGGCAUGGGAAAAGGAAACAGAGGUUGAAUUUUUGUAUGAUGGUAUUCGUCUGCUAUCUAUGCUUGAAGAGUAUACUAUUUUACAACAAGAGAAAGAGCAAGAACGGCGUAGGUUGCGGGACCAAAAGAAACUCCAGGGACAACUAAUAGCAGAACAAGAGGCACUGUAUGGGUCAAAACCAAGCCCAUCAAAGCCCCUGAGUGUCAAAAAGGGUCCUAGGCAUUCAACUGGAGGUGCAAGCAGUAGAAGAGUCUCCUUGGGAGGAGCAAUGCUGCCUACUCAUAAACCUGAUUCCCUUCACUCUGCAAAGGCUACUCCCCAAACACUUCAUAAGAGGACUGAGAGAAUGUUUCAAAAUGACCAUUUGAAUCACCGCCAUGACGAUGCCAUUCCAGCUUUCUCAGCUUUUAGGAGAGGCGUAGACAUUGCUGACAUUCCUGUAAGAAAGCACUCGUUCAAUCUAGUAAAUACUAAUGAACUAGAAUCACCAUUGGUUCGUAAGCCGUUCUCGCCUAUCUCAUCCAUGGUAUCUUCAAAAACCAAUACAACAAACACAUUAGAAGAUGAUGGUGAAACUUUACAGAAAAUGAAACCGGUUAAUUUUCCAUACACUACUCCCUCGAAGACAACGUUUUUGGUUGACGAAGAGAACAGAACACCAAAGGCAAUGUGUAUAGCAGCCAUGACUCCAGCAUCCACGGUGUCAGUUCCGAUGCAGACAGCCAUGACUCCUGCUCCAUUAAUAAUACCGUUCGGUAAGCCAGUUCAAGAAAUUUCUGAAGAGAUUGAGCAAUCGUUUGAGGAAAAAAGGCUUGCUUUUGUGCUUGCUGAAACACUACAAGUAACAACAUCACUGGUACAAGUAUGAUGUUUAAGAAAAAACCUUGGUUGAAUUGAAACUGAAUGAGAUUGAUUUUAUUCUUUUAUAUAUAUAUUGUGUUUCUUCUCCGGUUUGUAAGGGGAAAAAGUCAAUUAUAAAUUGGCUGUUGAUAUGCUAUGUACCUUUCACAUUUUACUGAAUUUUGUUGUUAUUUUUAUUUUAUUUUAUCUUUUAGUUGA